GCAUAUGUUAGAUUUCAUAGUGGAAUAGUUUAGUGUUUAUAUUCUACCACAAUAUUGUUUUUACACUUACAGAGGGAGUGCCUUUUAAUUUGACCUCCAGAGGAAAAUCACAUAUUUGGCUAAAUAUAUUGAUUACAAGCCAAUUACAUUAAGUGGAUAAAAUAAAUAAAUAUACUAGGAUUAAUCAGAAGAAAGGACAAUUGAAGAAACGUGUUUCUUGUUUUUGAGUUAAGAAGUUUCGAGAGAAAUUGUGAAAUUUCUAGAAUAAACAAAAGCUUGCUACGCUCCUCGUUCUUUUAUUUUGAAAGUCUGGUGGGAAGUUUGACAUCUUCCUGCGCCUGUCUGGUUCGACCGCGCAAAUCUGGUGCGCAUCUACGUCACUGCUCUGGUCGAACGAGAGUGAAGGGCGCGAGAUAGAAAUAAGAAGCGCGGUCGGAAUGGGCGCUCAGCGGCUGCUGCUGUCGGUACACAGAACCUCCAGCGCCGGCCCCUCAGAACCACACCGGGACAACGGUCCACUCCAACGUAAACACCUCUGUGCGCGCGCGGCGGAAGGAGGGAAUAUCGCCGUGUGACAAAGUAAACAAGUGAAGCAGAGAAAUGUCUUCGUGGUCGCGCGGCGAGGAUGCAGACGAGGCCAUGCAUCAGGACACUGAUUCUGAUGUGGCCGAGCCCAGGGAUGGAGGGAAGGUGAAGGUGAAGUGGACUCAGGAGGAGGAUGAGAAGCUUAAAGUGCUGGUUCUAAAACUGGGUCAGAAUGAUUGGAAACGUGUUGCCAGCUGCAUCCCAACUCACACCGAGCACCAGUGUCAGCACCGCUGGUUGAAGGUCUUGGAUCCAGAACUGGUCAAAGGUCCUUGGACCAAAGAGGAGGAUGAGAAGGUCAUAGAGCUUGUUAAUCUCUACGGUAACAAACAGUGGGCGAUGGUAGCCAAGCACCUGAAGGGCAGACUGGGAAAGCAGUGUAGGGAGCGCUGGCACAACCACCUCAACCCCAACGUGAAGAAGUCAUCGUGGACUGCUGAGGAGGACCUGAUCAUCUACAAGGCCCACUGUCUGCUUGGAAACCGCUGGGCCGAGAUCGCCAAGCUGCUUCCUGGAAGGACGGAUAAUGCUGUGAAGAAUCACUGGAACUCCACUAUAAAACGAAAGCUGGAGAUGGGCUUCUACGCCAGCGAGGUUUUCAGAGCAAACGAGCUGGAGGAGCUGCUGGCGCGCGUUAGUAAAGACGUGCUGGUCGCUGGAUGCUCUCAGGAUGGUUCGGACAAAGAAACGGAUUCAAAAGUCCGACUUUUAAAGUCACAGGAACCAUCGGCUCCUGCUAAGAAUUCCCACGAAGCAGAGUCGUCCAGGGCUGUCUCCUCUCUAAAGGACGUGUCAAGCCCCAAGACCGAUGUGGACUCCACAGGAGAGACGAACAGUUCCAACUGGGUGGUGGACAGCUCUGGUUUCCUCUACCCUACAGGCCCUGUGCUGAAGGAAGUGCUGGACAUGGUAGACGGGGACUUGGACGGCUGGUGCAACCUGGCAGCCUUCGACUUGCCCGAGGACAGCCCCAGCCCCGAGCGCCACCAGUUCCGUCUGGAGGGCAGCGCCUUGCAGGAGCUGAGCAAGUGCAGCAAGGGAGAACUCAUCCCCAUCUCCCCCGGAGGAAUCACCCCUCCCUCCAUUCUGUCCCGCCGCAGCCGGAGACGCAUCGCCCUGUCUCCAGACGUCAAUCGGUCCAUGACUCCAAAGAGCACCCCUGUCAAAAUCCUGCCCUUUUCUCCGUCACAGUUCCUGAACAUGUGGACCAAGCAGGACACGCACGACCUGGAGAACCCGUCCCUCACGUCCACCCCCGUGUGCAGCCAGAAGGUCGUCGUCACCACGCCGCUGCAGCGGGACAAAACGCCGCUCACGCAGAAGGAAAAAUCCAUGUUUGUUACUCCGAACCACAAGUCUGGGAUCUGCACAACGCCACGAACCCCAACACCGUUCAAGAAUGCCAUGGAGAAGUACGGCGCUCUGCAUCCUCUGCCCCAGACUCCAAACCUUGAAGACGAUAUUAACGAAGUCAUCCUCAGAGAUGCGGGGAUAAAUGUGGUCGUCAUGCGUUCCACUCCACCGGAGCAACGGCGCAAAACAGCGCAUCGCCCUCCGAUGAAGAAGGUGCGGAAGUCGCUGGCCCUGGACGUCAUGGAGGUGAAUCCUCCAUCCAAACGCAAAUCCGGCAAGAUGGAGGCCAGACGCACCAUCAAGGAGGAACCCGUCACCGUUCCUCUCAACUCCUCAUCGUUCCGGAGCAGGAGACAUGAAAGCAUUCUGGACCAGGGGUUCCUGCUGGGGCCAAGUGACAGCGCCAUAUUUCCCAGUUCACUGCCUCCACUUCCUAUGUCCAGGGAGUGGGAGAAAGUCGUUUGUGGACAAACUAAAGAUCAGCUGAUAAUGACGGAGAAAGCAAGGCGCUACCUUCGCUCUCUGAAACGCAGCGCUCCAAACCGGGCUCUGGUUCUGUCCUGAGUUCGGUUGCCACGCCAACGUGGGCAGAGACCAGCGACUACAGGGUUCAAAGAAAUGACCCGUUUGAGAGUGUGGUGCUUCUAGAUGUAGGCUAAUCAUUGUUGAUUUCAAAUGUUAGAAAAGAACUUUGAAUGUAAAAACAAGGAAUCAAGAUUGUAACAUUUUGUAAAAAUUGUGGUUUUAUGAAUCUGGAAAGUGUUUUUGUACUGUUGUGAACAAAAAAAAAACCCUCAGGAAACAUCUUCACAUCAGUUUUACUGUAGAACCUGUUCACCAUAAGUAGAAUUAAAACCUCAAGUCUCACAAAUUACAUCCCACUGCAACCCUAACAGCAACUUAUCAAUAUUUUAAAAAUGUGACCUGUUUUUAUACAGUAAAGGUUGUGUAGAAGACCUGUUCUGACCACUGUUUGCAUAAUGCGUUGUUAUUUAGCAAUAUUUGUAAAUAUAAUUAGAGUUGGGUAUUAUCUCACUCAUGUAAUAGAUGGGUUUAAUGAAAACAUCUAUUUUUCCAGAAUGUUUGUUCUAUUAUUUUUCCACAUCUAAACUGUUUAAAGGCUUCAGUAAAACCAACCAAGUGACAGAGGAUGGCAAACUGAUAAAAUAAAAUAUAUGAUUCCUGCCAGAUAAUUCAAUUUGAGUAAUGUAACUUUAGAUCAGCAACUAUUUAUCAAAUCAGACUUAACAAAACAAUAACAGAGUGCUUUGAAAUGGAUGUGGUUAAAAAUACAAAAGUGCAAAGUGGUCUAUUUGAUUCUGUUUAUUUCCCAGAACAUUGAUGAACUUGGAUCUGCGAUAAAACAAAUUGCCACAUCAGGAAUUGACUAUCUUUUUACCCUGCUUUUAUUUUGAAAUGCUGCUUUUAUGUUGCAACCAUGGGCAUGGUAACAACAGCCUAAAAUCUCAUUAGUGAAUUACUCUGUUUAAAACAUCUGUUCAGUGUUACACGUAUGAGUUACAUUAGAUGAUUUUAAGAACUUGAGCUGCUUUGAGCAUGUACAUGACACAAGAAUUUCCCUCGGGAUAAAUAAAGUUGUUCUUAUCUAAA